CAAAGGAGGCUCUGUAAGACCAAAGACAUAACAAACUGCUUCCAAAUUCUGUCCAAUUAAGAGUCAUUUAAAAAAAUAAUAAUUUCGGUUGAGAAGUCAGAAUAAUUAAGGUAGCUCGGCAAGACGAAACAGCUGAAUUCGAACAAAGAAUCGCGGGAGACCUGUGUGUAAAAGGUUGUUGAAACGAAAGCUUGAGUGGCCGGCAUCGAGGAAGAAGUAUUAUGCAAAAAUGAGUUAUCUUAGAGGCUCACCUUACGAUUCCUCUUCAGAACCUGGUCUAAGUUCAGUAAUCAAGAAAUUAGAAGAACAACAUCUGAACGGUGAUCCAGGCACCAAAAGCCCCACAGUUCCGACUAAAAUACGCGAUAUUGUGAACAAAUCCAUCUCGCCUGAUCCCAAAAUGGCGGGCACAUCUCCAUCUUAUGGUGGUCUUGGAGACGACUCUCGCAUGCUGCAGUCUGAAGUAAGCCGRCUAGAAGAUCUUUUAGCAGCCACUCGAGCCGAGAGAGAUGAAAUUGGGUCUAAAUACAUGGCUGUUAGUGAAAGACUUGAACAACACAUAAAGGGAGGUGGAAGCCCUGAAGCAUCCCCCAGCAAAUAUACUGCGAUAUCUCCAUCAGUAGCUGACAGCGUCAUGGGUAGUCCCACAUCAGAGGGUAGCAAUUUGGUACAGCAGGUUGCCUACCUGAAGAGCAAACUUGAGGAAGAACACUCAAAUUACAAGAGAAAGUUACAGGCAUAUCAAGAUGGACAGCAGAGACAGGCACAACUGAUACAGAAACUCCAACAAAAGGUAUUGCAAUACAAGAGAAAAUGUGGUGAACUGGAGAACAGUAUGAGUGAGAAGAGUAGUGCUGAAGAACUUGCCAGAAAAGAGUUGAAGAAUGUGUCAGAUAGUUUGAAAGAGAAAGAGGCACGGCUGAAGGAGUCUGAAGAAGAAGCAAGCAGUGAUCUUGAAAAUGCUCUCAUUAGACUGGAAGAAGAACAGCAAAGGAGUGCUAGCCUUCAACACGUGAAUAAUAUGAUCCGUGAACAACUUGACCAGGCCACCGCAGCCAAUCAGCAGCUGUCGCUUGAGAUUCAGAAGCUGACAUCUGACUGGAAUAAGGCAAGAGAGGAGCUGGACAACAGAGAUGAAGAAGAACAGGCGUACUUCACAAAUGAACACGCUCGGCUUAUGGAGCUGUGGAAGACACUGAAUGGCUUUAGACGUCAGUUUAAUGAAAUGAAAUCUGCCACUCAAAGGGACCUGUCUAUGGUGCGUGCUGAUGUCAACAAGUCUGUCCGUGUUGUUCAAGGAGCCUGCAUGGACCUCGACAAAAACCUCCGUGGCAUGGAUCAGACAACCCAAGCAGCUCUUGAGGAAGAACGAUCCAGAAGGCAAAAGGCUGAGGAGCAGUUACGUGACAAAGUUAAUGAACACAUGCAACUGCAGAGUAAAUAUGAGAACGAGAAGGCUAACCUGACAUCGAAGCUUGAAACCCUUUCUGACAUGAAGGAGAAGCUCGAAGCUCAAUUGGACGAAAAGUACCAAGAACUUGAACACACUCGCAAGCAACUGAGAAGCACGGAAAGCGGUUUUGCUAGGCAGACAGAGGAAUGGGAAACCCAGAGUGAGGCAGGAAUAGCAGCUGUGCGUGAAGAAGCAGACAUGCUCAACAACACUCUCCGCGAGCUGGUGACUGUAGUCAAACACGAUGCAGAAUCCACAGCCCGCUUGCUUGGAUCUCCUGGACCUGAUAUCGAGGAUCUGACAGAAAGCAUGAUUGAAGAAGAAGACGCYGGAGUCCGACGAUCUGUGUCACCUUCUCGGGGAUCACGCUUGCGUUCUGUUUCACCAACUCGGGCACGAUCACCCGCCAUGUCAGACAAUGUUCUUGCUACCGUGCAGUCAUGCAUCCAUAAACGCAACCUUCAAGUCCAGGAACUCAAGUCACGAGCAGAAGCUGCACGUGAGGCUGCAACUGCUUCCAAGAAACAACUGGACGACAGUGAAAAUGAACGAAAAAGACUCGAGAAGGCGCUUACAUCUGCAAGAGAUGAAGUGGAUGCAGUUAAACAGAAGCUUGGCGAAGCAGCACAAGAUCGAGAAAGAUUCAAGGCAAACUCAGACGUCCUCUCAACUGAGAAGCAAAAUCUUGAGAAGUUUCGCUUAUCGAUGACUGAACAGAUUGAAGGCAUGACUGUGGAAAAUGAAAAGCUCCAGGCUGCGAACAACGAGCUGCAAAGACAAAGAGAUAACCUUGAAGACGAUAAGGAAGAUUUGGAAAGAGAAAAGGAAAGACUUUCGAAAGAAGUGGCAAGAAGUCAACAGGUCAUGGAGCAGCUCGAAAACAAACAGUCAUCUUUGAAGGAAGAGAUUGUAAACCUGAAGGAACAGCUCUCCCGUGCUCUCCUUGACAAGGAAGUCCUUGACCAAGAGAAGGGACACUUGGCUGAUGUACUGUCCAAGUCAGAAGUACAACGAGCUGAACUUGAGCUCGAAAUAGGUAAGAUGAAAUCAGAGGAGAUUGCUCUUCGAGAUGCUCUGGUCAAGCUUCARUCCCUCAACGAAGGACUUGGUCAAGACAARCUUGAACUCAACAAGAUUAUCAAGCAGAUGGAGUCUGAUAAAAACGCCAUCUCACAAGAGAAGCGAGACAUUGAAGCAGAAAAACACAGCAUCCGACAGGAGCUGAUCCGUGUAGAGCAAGAAAAAGUCGAACUGGAUACGGAAAAAAGCACGCUUGACCAAAACCUAAGCCUCCAAGAAAGUGGUCGCGAGAAGCUUGAACAAGAGCUUAUCACCUCGAACCGAGAGAGAGCGGAGCUUGGCGAUGCCUUGAAUCAAGUCUCACGCGAGAGAGAUAACUUGCACGAUGAGCUGAUACAGACGAGACGAGAAGUUGAACGACAGAGCACUAAUGUUGUUCGUCUGGCUAAAGAGAAGGAAGARCUCACAAGAGAGAAGUCAAGUCUGUCAGUCGCUGUCAAUGCUGCUGAGCGAGAUAACCGYGCGCUUGCUGAGAGCAAUGCCAGCCUGAAGAGYGAGAAGGAAUCUCUMGAAAACGCUCUCUAUGAACUCCAGCAAACCGCCACSAAGUUGGAAUCCCGCAAAGAAGCUUUAGAAGCUGAGAACCAAGAUCUUCUUCUCGCUAAAGAAGCGCUAACUGUCGAUCUGCAGCGAGUGAGAAAGGAAAAAGAGAUCGAGGAAGCGAAGCUUCAAAAGGAUAAAGAACUCCUAGAGCARAAGUUGAACCAGACGCAGCGUGAUGGAGAAGUAGCUGUCAAGAGACUUGAACAGAAACACGAGGAAGAAAGUGAUAGAUUGAARAGAGAAAAGGAAAGCGCUCUUCUGCAGGCUAACCAGGAGAAGGAGGAAGCUAUCAACAUCUUGAAGAACGAGAAGGAUGAGAUGCAAAAGAGAAUGGAGAAAGAGAAAUACGCGCUCAUGAACGAAGUGGCUCUUGUCCAAAAAGAACGAGACGACCAACUUCUUAUGGCAGAGAACGAGAAGCAAGAAGAGCUACACAGAGCGGCCAACGAGAAAGCUUUACUCGUUGAGAAGAUUGGAAAGAUUCAGAACGAGAGAGAUAACGCUGGGGUUGAGAUUGAUCGCAUUAAACGCGAAGCAUUCAGCCGUGCUGARCAAGACAAAUCUGCCAUAACACGGACUCAGGAUGAGCUUAGAAACACGCGUUCGAAGCUUGAGGAUAUGAACAAACGAUACCAAGCUGAAGUAGYAGACCUUAAGAACCAGAUCAAAGACYUAACCAAAGCYAAAGAGAACUCGCUCCGCGAAAUCGGCGAACUGAAACUUCAACUCAAGAUGGCUGAGGAAGCGCGYGAUGGUGUUAGGAGAGAACUGAUUGACGCUCAUCGUAAGAUUCGCGAYGGUGAAGAGGCGAGAGAGGUCUCCAGAAAAGAAAACAUUGACUUGAAACGACAGCUGAAGGAUGAAGAAAGAGAGAAGGAGGCUGUUCARCAGACAGCGAAUGAACUGAGAGGAAAGGUCAAGAAGGCAGAGUCCGAGAAGACCAACCUCAGACGUGUCCUCGACGAAUCUACCCAGAAAAUCGCUUCCCUUGAAGAAAACAAGAGCGGACUUCAGAAGGAAGUGAACGACCUUAGAGGAAGCCUGAGRGAAGUUGAGAAGGCAAGACUCGAGGCCAGAAGAGAACUACAACAGUUACACAACCAGGUCAAAAUGCUCGAUAGUGAAUGCUUAAAAUGUAAGAAAGAAAUAUCAGACUUGAAAGACCAGCUCGCCAAGGAUGAACACUUGUUGAACGAGAUGAGACGCGAUAACUACAACCUCAAGCAAAAACUCGUCGAGACCGACGGACAAAAAGAAGCCGCCAAACGCGAGAUCCAGACAUUGAAYCGCAAGAUGGCCGAGUAUGAAGAAGACAACCGCGUAAGAGAAAAAGACCUCACCUCAGCUCUGGAAGAGUCGAGACGUGGUGAGCAGAAGAACUUAGAGAAAGUCAAGAAUCUAGAGAAUGUUAUAGAAAACUGUAACCAGGAUAAUAGUGAUUUGAAGCUCAAGUUGAGUGGUUCUGAGGGCAGGAUUACUGGGUUGGAGUCACAACUCUCUCGUAUGGAAGGUGUUAAGAAUGAUUUGGAAUUCAAACUGGCGAGUCUGCACUCUACUCUUAGGAGGACGCUGGGUAUCAGACCACCAGGAGAGAAUGGAAGAUCGCCAUCACCAUCUAGAACACGCAGUCCCAGCCCCAGGCGCCGUACCGGCUUCGGCCGCAGCCGGUCAAAAUCACCCGAGAAGACCCUGGACGAUACUGACGCUGGUGGACGCCGAUCUGUCUCCCCCAUUCGUCAGCUUUCGCCAUCCAGGACUGGCGACAUGUCCAUGUCUGGUGAAAUAGAUCCCGAGACGGUUCGCGUCGCUCUGCGGGACUUCGCGCAGAACAUGAAGGAGACCGAGAGAGAACGCGACGAGGCUGUUACCAGGGCAGCUGCUUYGCAGAAGGCAAUAGGCGAGAUGGAAGAAGAACGCGCCCGCACGGACCAAAGAAUGCAAACGAUCCAAAAAUCACUCGGAGAAGCCGAAGAAAACCGACGCGGUGCCGACGGCCGCUUGAGUAGUGCCCAGACUGCUCUCAUGUUACAGGAAGAGACGAUCAGGCGACUGGAACGAGAGCGUAAAGGACUGAAUGAAAARAUAACUGCUCUUGACUCGAGCUUGGCUCAAGCUGAAGCUGACAGACGCCAACUGAGGGACAAGAUUGCUGGCUUACAGCAGAGCGAGGCUAGGAGUGACCAGGAGAAAGAGGCUAUGAGGGCUCAGAUCGAAAACUCUGAAUCUCGCUUGACGAAGAUUGAACUCAAGAAGAGAUCUAUCGAAGGUGAUAUUGAGAGGCUUCGAAUGCAAAACGCAGAACAAGAAGCUGAAAAGCAGGCUCUCCGUGAACGCUUAGACCAGAUGCUGAAAGCACAGCAAGAACUUGAGUCACGCGCAACCUCAUUACAAUUGACYGUAGACCGUUUGACUCUGGCUCUCGCCAAGACUGAAGAAGAAGAGCAGGCAUUCAGAGAGAAGGUGACUGAGCUGUCCAUGUCUUUGAACGACAGUAACAACAACUCGCAGACUCUACAAGAGAAGCUGCAGCAGUUGCAGCGUGCGUUGACGAGCAGUGAACAUGACAGGUGUGUGAUGCAGGAGAGGCUUGAAGCGCUGAAGGGCGCCCAACAAGAGGCGAAGUCCAGAAACAAUGCCAUGCAAGAUCGUAUUCAACAGAUGAAGAAUGAUCAAGCUGACUCUGAGGUGAGAAGAAUGGAACUCGAAGGCUCCAUCCGUCAGCUGCAACAAAUGCUACGUCAGCAGAAAGAAGCCGAGGAGGAACUGGUAGCGAGGAUAGGGAAGUUACAAGAGGAGAAGCGCGAACUGCAGGAUCGUUUGGCCAAGUUUCAACACGGUCUAGCUGCGGCUGAACAGGAGAAAAGAGAAUUGGAACGAGCACAUGUCCGUCUGGAAAAGGAUAAAAAGGCUCUUAGGAAUACUGUUGAUAAGAUCGAACGCGAGAAGUUGGAGAGCGACGAGAUGACAUCCAGACUCCGUGACGAACGCGAACGCCUCGACCGCUCAGCAGCUUCCUUUGAACAAGACAACAAUGAGCUUCAGAGACAGUUGCAAACAGCCAAUCAGCAGCUAGCGGAAGUAGAGCAGGAGCAUGCGCGUAAGCUGGUGGAAUUGACGUCACGACAUCGUCAGGAAAUGGAAAUGGAGUCUGAGAGAUCGCGACUUUCUCAGGGUCAGUUGGAAAAGACACAGAUUGCUAGAGAACGAGCUCAUAAGCAGAGAAUCAAAGGAUUGGAAGAACAGGUGUCCACUCUCAAGGAUCAGCUGUCCAAAGAGCUGCAGAAGAAACAGUCCUAUCUGACCCGCACCGCACAGAAAUCAGACGAGAUCAAAGACCUGCGCAGUAAGCUUGAAGAUUCUCUCAACAUCGUAGCACGAGACACAGUCUAUGAGCCCAAAGUCCUCGACCGAGAGUCCCAAAAACUUGAAGACUCUAUCGUCGAUGGGAGCUAUUCCUCACCUUCCCGAGGGACCAAGUCGGGUUCUCCACCAAUGAGAGUGACAAGCACUCCAGCCUCUCCUCUUAGACGAACUGUUGGCGGUGGCUCACGUAGGCUCACGCCUGGAAUCAGCCCACUGCGUAAGACGAGGAAGUCUGCAUCCUAACUUCAAAGAUGAACUUUUUACUAWAAAUAGAUAGCGUUCCCACUGAUCUUGCAAACAUACGCAACCAGAAACAAUCCACAGAGACUAGACAAACUUUAGAAACUCUUUGCAGAAAUUCCUAGUAAAGAUGAAGUUGGGCAACAAAAUAAUGAAAUUCUUGAAAAUUUGAUAACUGCAUUUUGGCGUUUUCUCCUYCAACUUAACCUUCCUUCACUGUGAAUUCCUGCAAAGUAUCUAUGCCAUAAUUUUAGUUUUUAACGUUUCUUACAGCAUWCUAUACUACAAAGCUAAGUCUAGGAUUCUACUUAUCUAUUUGUCCUGGAUUUUAAGUUUUAAUCUUCAGUUGGUGCAUAACUCUUCCAAAUCCAAAAUGGCGGACGCUUCUGAGACACUGAGAGACACAUGCGUGACGUCAUGCUGAAGAGCGAAGAGAGUAGCCUGGGGACGAGGGUACGUUCUCUUGUGUAUUUACUAUACAGCCUGACGCCACGCAUGUGUCUCAAUCUCCCAUUUUUUGAUUUGGGAGAGCUAACAAUGAGUAGCCUGGGGACGAGGCUAAAGAGAACAGUUUUUAUUACAAGWGUGAGAUACGAAAAUAGAGUUCGACAGUCUUCUCCAUAUAAGGCAUGUGGAUGACCAUAUUAGGAUAACAAAACCAUAUUAGGAAAUAUGACGUUUCUAGUCGAUAAUAUAAUUGUAGAUUAGUAGAUUUUUCAGAGUGAUUUAGGAUUUGAUCUUUGUUCUACUCAUAUACUCUUAAUAUAUUUCAAUCCAUACGUUCAUGAUUUUGCUCGUUUUUUUUGUAGUUUUUAUUAUAAUUUAGGAGUAUUGUGUUCUAUCUCUUUUUAUUUUAGGGCUUURGUAUUUAUUUUAGCGAUGGUUUUAUGAGAAUUGUUAAUUUUUAUGUUAAAGAGUGUCUAAUAAAGGUGAAAUCGAAGACAAUAA